UAAAUAUUAAAGGCAGACGCGCUACGAACAGAUGUGCUUGUGCUAGCAGUCAAUAAUGUUGGGGUUAUGGUAUGAAUAGGAAACAACUGCAUCUGGGUUGGCGUUGUUGUUAUUAAUGCAGUAUGGUACUAAGUACAUGACAUUUUGAUAUACUAUGGGUAGUGCAGAUAGAUGUCUGCAGUUUUCUCGAUGUUAUCUUGGAACUCUUUUUAAGGAUGUACAACCCUCUUUUGUACCAUCCAUUAAUUUUCGGCAACUAACCACUACAGAAACAAGACGAAAUGCGCAUGCAGCCACUGGUGAUUUUCCAUCUAAAUAUAAUCCCAAAGAUGUGGAAACUGGUCGAUACGAUUGGUGGAUGAAACAUAACUGUUUCUCGUUAGUGGAAACUCCUCGUGUGCCAUUCAGUAUUCUUUUACCACCUCCAAAUGUAACUGGAACUCUACAUCUUGGUCAUGUUCUAACAACAACUGUACAAGAUGUUUUUGCCAGGUGGCACAGAAUGAGUGGGAGACCUGUUGUAUGGAUUCCAGGAAUGGAUCAUGCAGGAAUUGCUACUCAAGUCGUGGUAGAGAAAAUACUUUGGCAAAAUCUAAAGAAAUCAAGACAUGAUAUUGGUAGACAAAGAUUUUGUGAAGAAGUUGCACUCUGGAAAGAUGAGAAGAAACUGAAAAUCAAACAUCAGCUUAAAAAAAUUGGUGCUUCAUUAGACUGGUCACGUGAAUUUUUUACACUGGAUGCUAAACAGUCAUCUGCAGUUGUGGAAGCUUUCAUACAGCUGUACAAUAAUGGACUAAUAUAUAGGAAUGAAGCCUUAGUAAACUGGUCUUGCAGUUUACAGACAGCAAUAUCUGAUAUCGAAGUGGAUCAUCAGUUGAUAGAAGGGCGAACUAAGGUCAUUGUUCCCAACUGUGAGGAACCUGUGGAAUUUGGUGUGCUUCAUAACUUUGCAUAUCAGAUUUGUGGGACAGAUGAAGAGAUAAUUGUAUCAACAACAAGAAUUGAAACCAUGCUUGGUGAUGUAGCUGUUGCUGUACACCCUGAAGAUCCCAGAUACCAUCAUGUAAUUGGUAAAGAAGUUUGGCAUCCUUUUAGGGAAGAGAAAAUUCCAGUCAUAAGUGAUGAUUUUGUAGAUCCUGAAUUCGGAACAGGUGCUGUCAAAAUCACUCCAGCACAUGACCGUACUGACUAUGAAGUAAGCAGGCGACAUGAUUUGCCAGUGUUGAAAAUAAUAUCAGAAGAUGGAAAGCUAAAUGAAAAUUGUGGCAAGUUUGCUGGGAUUGGAAGAUUUAAUGUUAGAAGAAUGCUAGUUACUGAGCUAGAAAAAAGGAAUUUGCUGCGCAGUAGCAGUGAUCACAAAAUGCAAGUUCCGUUUUGUAGUCGGUCAGGUGAUGUUGUAGAGUUCAUACUGAAACCGCAGUGGUAUAUUAAUUGUCAGGAAAUGGCGGAGAGAGCUGUUCUUGCUGUACGUGAAGGAAGACUGAAAAUAGAACCUCAAAGCUUUGAAAGAGUUUGGUUCACUUAUUUGGAGAAUAUUCGUGAUUGGUGUAUAUCACGACAAUUGUGGUGGGGACACCAGAUCCCCCUUUACAAAUGUCAAACAAUGGAUAACAAUUCUACAUGGAUUGCAGCAAGAAAUAUUGAGGAGGCAUGGAAAGAAGCAGCUGCAAUUAUGAGAUGUGGUUUGAAAGAUAUGUCUGUAAUUCAAGAAGAGGAUGUGUUAGAUACAUGGUUCUCUUCAGCACUAUUACCAUUUUCUGCUCUUGGUUGGCCACACCAGAAUGAAGACAUGAAAACUUGUUAUCCUUUAAGCAUGAUGGUGACAGGAAAUGACAUUCUGUUCUUCUGGGUUGCCCGCAUGGUUAUGCUCGGAGAGAGGCUGACGGGGCAACUACCAUUUAAAAAAAUUUUCUUGCACGGAAUCAUUUGUGAUGCUCAUGGAAGAAAGAUGUCAAAGAGUCUGGGAAAUGUAAUAAACCCUGAACAUGUUUCGGAUGGAAUUUCAUUAAAGGACUUGCAGGAAGAAGCACAUGAAAACUUCAGGGCAGGACUUUUAUCUGAAAAUGAACUUCAGAAAACACUUGAAGGACACAAGAAACUUUUUCCUGCAGGAAUUCCUGAGUGUGGAACAGAUGCACUUAGAUUUAGCCUUUUAUCACAAAAUAUUCAAAACAUGUCACUUAACUUCGAUAUUGCAACUUGUCACACCAAUCGCCUGUUAUGUAACAAGAUAUGGCAAGCUUGUAGGUAUGUCCGUACGUUCCAUGAAAGUGUGUGGGAUAGUGCAAAGGAUGACACACUUUCGUCACUGUCCAUUUGUGAUAAGUGGAUACUAAGUCGCCUUUCAGUUAUGAUAAAGGCAGUGAAUUUUGCUUUCAAGAAUCAACAACUACACCUUGCCACAUCCUCCUUGAGAUCGUUCAUAUACACAGAUUUUUGUGACACAUACCUGGAAACGACCAAACCUCUCUUGAAGUCACCAAAAAGCACUUCUGCUCAGGCUGCAUGUUGGACUCUUAUGCAGUGCAUUGAAACUUUUUUACAGACACUCUGUCCAUUUAUGCCUUUUCUCACUGAAGCUCUUCACUGUCACAUGCAAACUGGAACACAGGGUCAGCCACUUAUGCUAGCUCCAUAUCCACAGGUAGACCAAUGGAUGCAAUGGUACAAUGAGAAUAUAGAAAAAGAAUUCAACAAGGCCAUUUCUUGUGUUUCUGCUGUUCGUCGAAUAGUGUCACUUUGUGAUAUCAGAGGUCAAAGACCAAAAUUAUACAUUGAGACUUCAUCCAAUAAGGAGAAAGUAACUUACGAAAAGUUAAAGGAUGUUGUGGCUACACUGGGAGACUGUGCAAGUGUCACAGUAGGGAUUUCUGUCCCAUUAAAACUUCAUGAGACCUAUCUCAAGGAAAGUCUGAGUCCAGAGUCCUCCAUUUUUGUAAUUUUAGAGAAAACCCAAAUAACUGAAAAAAUGUGGCUUCAUAUAAACAAAAAGCAAAAGAAACUUGCAUCAGAAUUACAGAAAAUGCAGGCAGUUGUUUCAGCAGAUGGUUAUAAAAGCAAGGCAGCACUUGUAGUGCAGGAACAACAUACUGAAAAGAUCAAAGACUUGGAAUCAAAACUUACAACACUGCAACAAAUACACAGAUCAUUGGGCAUCGUGCACACAACAUGAAGAAAUAAGGAAGUCAGAGACGUACAAAUAAUGUGCCAAUUACUUCCUUGUGUAAAGCACAUAUGACCCAUAACAAAUGUAAUAAGAGUAAUACAACAAAUAUUUGUACACAUAAAUUUAUCAAGAGUAUUAAAGAUAUUUUGUACACUACAUUGAAUGUGACCAGCUCAAUGACUUGCUGAACUGUCACACCUGAGAUUGGUAUAUAGUUGGAUCUGUA